AUGCUGGCCAUUAACGCUGUCCGUCGUGCGCCUGCAAUUUUGCGCAGUGCUGCACCUCUUUCGACUUGGUCAGCUGUUCCAGCCGGCCCUCCUGACCCAAUCCUCGGUAUCACUGAGGCAUUCAAAGCCGACAAGGACCCUCGUAGAAUCAACCUUGGUGUUGGUGCAUAUAGAGACGAGGACGGCAAGCCGUACGUUUUGAACGCAGUCAAGAAGGCUGAAGAGAGGAUUUCUGCUGCUAAGCUCGACAAGGAGUACCUCCCAAUUACCGGGUUGCCUGGCUUCACGAGCAACGCAGCUAAACUAGCGUAUGGCGCUGAUAGCGUGCCACGGAACCAAAAUGCGGUGAGCAAGCUGUGGUUGAUUGUCAGAAGUGUCGUCAUGAUUGGUAACAUCGCAACUUCUCAGAUUGCCGUGACUCAGUCUAUCUCUGGAACUGGUGCUCUCAGAAUCGGUGGUGCUUUCCUAGCAAGACACUACCCGCACUCCAAAACCAUUUACGUUCCUUCGCCCACGUGGGGCAACCACAUACCUCUUUUCAAGGAUUCUGGCCUGGAGGUUAAAUAUUACAGGUACUUUGACAAGAAAACUGUCGGUCUGGACUUUGAGGGCUUGAAGGAGGACUUGCAAACUGCCCCAGAAGGCUCCAUUGUGUUGCUGCAUGCUUGUGCACACAACCCUACUGGAGUUGACCCCACUCAGUCGCAGUGGAAAGAUAUUUCGGACAUCGUUGCUGAGAAGAAACUUUUCCCUUUCUUUGACAUGGCAUAUCAGGGCUUUGCUUCGGGCUCGACUGAUCGCGAUGCAUUUGCUGUGCGAUACUUUGUCUCGCAAGGCCACCAGAUUGCUCUCUCACAGUCGUUCGCAAAAAACAUGGGUUUGUAUGGAGAGCGUGUUGGUGCGUUCUCUCUUACGACCGCCAAUGAAGAGGAGAGAAAGCGGGUGGACAGUCAAUUGAAGAUCAUUGUGCGCCCGAUGUACUCGAACCCUCCCCUGCAUGGUGCCCACAUUGCCAACACGAUUUUGUCGGACCCUGAACUCUACCAAGAAUGGGAGGGUGAAGUGAAAGGCAUGGCGGACCGCAUUAUCAACAUGCGUGAACGCUUGUACCAGCUGUUGAGCAAUGAUUUCCGGACACCUGGAGAAUGGAGCCACGUAAAGAGUCAAAUUGGCAUCUUCACCGGACUUAAUAAGGAGCAAUGCAAAGUCCUUGCGGAGAAGGCGCACAUUUAUAUGACUAUGGAUGGACGUAUUUCGAUGGCAGGAUUGAAUGGUAGGAAUAUCGAGUACUUCGCUAAAAGUGUGGAUGCGGCAGUUAGAGGUGACUUGUAG